AAGGACGAGAGCCGACUUCAAAAACGAAAGGAACAAAAUCGUGCGGCCCAACGUGCUUUCCGUGAAAGAAAGAACGCCAUGUCAAAGAGGUACCUUGAGGAUCAACUUGCAGUCCUUGAGGCCAAAUCCAAGAAUCAGGACUUGGAGAACACCAGCCUCCGAGAGCUCUUGAGUCGUUUGCAAAACGAGAACUUGGUGCUCAAG